AUGAACACAAGAAGUAAAGCCGUGAGACGAGUAGGAGAAGAGAUUGUGAAUGCUGGAGAUACUCCCCAAGGAAAUCGAGUUCCUCCUCAAGUGCAAACUCUUGCAAAUGAACAACUUCUGGGCAAUCCUCCGGCCAUGACGGAUGGUGAGGUGAGGGCAGUCUUGUUCCAAAUGGUCCAAGCCAUUACCACUCAAACUCAGGCCAUUAUGGCACAAGCUAACAGGGAGGUUGUUCCACGAGAGAAACAACACGCCAGUACUAUGGCUAGCCGUUUGAGAGAUUUUACGAGGAUAAAUCCUCCCAUAUAUGAAAAGAACCGUUAUGUAACGGGUGUGUAUGAAUAUCUUGAAGAAGAAUAUCAUGCAGCUAUGCUCCAUAACAAUAUGGAUCUUUCUAGGUUGAUGGUUCAUGCUCAACAAGUAGAGGAGAGUCGUCUAAGGAGGAGCAAUAGGGAAUCUAAGAAGGCAAGAAAUUUCAAAAGUGGUUCUUCCAAUAGUUAG